AUGGUGAACAUCUACAUUUGUAAGCGCCACUGGCUCACAGUGAAGAAGUACUUUGCCGAAAUCAAGGCUAUGCCUUCUAUUUCACAGCAUGACGUAAAUGUCUCCUUGUGUCAGCAUUCGAAGAACCACAAGAAUGAAUUUAAUGUCUCGUGGGCGUUGUACGAGCUCUACACUCGAUAUGUUACCAUCUGCUACGAUACUCUCAUCACGGAGUUAAGGACAGUGGUGACAACAGAAGCAUCUGCUUCGGAUCUCUCCUGCAACGCGAUGGGAAACACAGAGAGCUAUCCUUACUCGCAUGGUACUAGCAGUUUGCGAGGUGACUUCCUUGACCACCAGAACAACAAUUGGAACCCACUGUGCCUGCUGCAAACUCUGCAGGAGGUCAACUCUUGCAUGAUGACGGUAAUCUGCAGCGGCAGCAAAAACAGCAGCAAUGACAAACUUUCUACAUCCAAGCCACCGCCAUCCUCUCCACAAUCAUCAGUGCUUCAGCCUCAUCAUCAGUUGUCCAAUGGCAGAGACCAAUCCAGUUUGCGUUCUGUAGUACCCAAUUCGGAACGGAAGUUGCCUCCACUUCCUACGCCUCCAUGA